AUGCACUUUUAUACAAAUUUUGUCCAAUUUUACUCCCUUUUGCACUACAGAAAACAAGAGAUUUACUCCAUGCUCUGGAAGCAGGUCGAUUUGUCAAAGUACAUGGUUGCAGCAGCACCGUUUGGUGGACCGCUAGGAAGUUUUCAGUUGAUUAGUAUUGCGAACUUCGAUGAACCUCGGCCCUUGCUCCUAGCAGACCCUGGCAUCAAUGAACCACCUCACAGUUGGACAGUGAUCCCUCCAAAAUUUACUCUCAGUCGUCAUGUGGAAGUCUUACUUGCAUUCAACUCAACUAUCCUCGUCGUAGAUGCAACAGAAGCUAGAGAUGAACGCCUACAACAAGGACCAUUUACGAAGAUGUCGAUCUCUCCGGACGGAAAGUAUCUGGCGCUGUUCACAUCUGAUGGGAAGCUUUGGGUUGUGUCCACGGACUUUCAAAAGAAUCUAUCAGAGUUUCCAACUAAAUCACAAGUUCCACCGCAGCAGUUAGUCUGGUGUGGAACGGACUCUGUUGUCUUGUACUGGGACAAAAUUGUUCUAAUGGUUGGACCGUAUGGUGAUUGGAUCAAAUAUUCCUACGACGAUGCUAUUUUUUUGAUUCCAGAAAUUGAUGGCGUCAGAAUUAUCAGCAGUGAAAAAUGCGAGUUCCUACAAAAAGUACCUGAUGUCACGGAGAGUAUUUUCAAUAUUGGAUCGACAGCACCUGCAGCCAUGCUCUAUGAUGCUCUGGAUCACUUUGAGAAGAAAAGCCCUAAGGCGGACGAAAAUAUACGAAGCAUCAGAUUAGAGCUUUCAGAAGCUGUGGAGGCAUGCAUUGAGGCUGCUGGACACGAAAUAUCACAUCAAUAUCAACGAACACUCCUUAAGGCUGCUUCUUUUGGAAAGUGCUUUUUGGAAAUUCACAAUGCUGACUCAUUUGUUGAGAUGUGUAAGGUCCUGAGAGUCCUGAAUGCUGUUCGAUACUAUGAGAUCGGUAUCCCACUCACUUACGCUCAAUACCAGAGGCUUACACCAGAGGCCUUGAUUGAUCGUCUGAUUAGCCGUCAUCAAUAUCUUCUUGCGAUCAGGAUUUGUGAGUAUCUCAAAAUGCGAACAGACAGGAUUCUUAUUCAUUGGGCUUGUUCAAAGAUCAAAAAAUCGAAUGAUGAUGAGGAUACAAUCUGUCGUAUGGUUGUUGAGAAGCUGGCUAAUAAACCCGGACUCUCUUAUUCAGAGAUCGCCAUGACAGCACACAAAGCCGGUCAAUCCAAGUUGGCUACGAUGCUUCUUGAUUACGAGCCAAGGGCUGGCGAUCAAGUGCCACUGUUGAUGAGCAUGCAACAGGAUGAGCUUGCACUGGUGAAAGCUAUCGAGAGUGGUGACACUGAUCUUGUUUAUCAUGUACUACUGCAUCUGAAGCGCAAACUUCAUUUAGCAGAGUUCUUCAAGGUCAUCAACAAAAAGCCGCUUGCAUGCAGCCUUUUGGAAUCAUACUGCAAACAACAGGAUACGGAGCUCUUAAAGAACUUUUAUUACCAAAACGAUCAGAGAGUUGAUAACGCCAAUUUGUUAUUGAUGGAGAGUUUCCAGCAGAAAGAUACCGUAGGGCGGAUCAACAAGCUAAAGGAAGCUCUUAAAUUAUAUCAGGACGAUAAAGAACACGUCUUUGAGGCAAAGGCUAUCGAUGAUAGCAUCAGCCUUCUUCGGACGCAAGUUCAAUUGGAAAAGGAUUAUUCUCAGCCAUUUAUCGGUCUUUCCAUGAGCAGCACUGUCUAUAAACUGAUCACAAUCAACCAAGGCAACCGCGCAACAAAGGUCCAAAGUGAAUUUAAAAUGCCGGUAAAACGUUUCUGGUGGAUUAAGCUGCGAGCAUUAGUUGAGAUCAGAGACUGGGAUGGAGUAGCAACAUUAGCAAAGUCCAAAAAGUCGCCCAUUGGCUAUGAACCUUUUGUUGAGGACCUUAACGUUUCAUUAUUUUCUUGGAAUGUGUAUAAUAGUGAGAUCCGUGAUAAAUGCCCUGAUGGAGUUAUUCAAGGCCAGAUUGAGAGAUACAUGGCUGAAUUGACUUCAUCCAGAUAG